AUGAAUAACGAAUACGAUUACUUAUUCAAAUUAUUAUUAAUUGGUGAUUCAGGUGUUGGGAAAUCAUGUCUUUUAUUGAGAUUCGCCGAUGAUACAUACACCCAAGAUUAUAUCUCAACUAUUGGAGUUGAUUUCAAAAUCAGAACUAUUGAAUUAGAUGGUAAAACUAUUAAAUUACAAAUUUGGGAUACUGCUGGACAAGAAAGAUUUAGAACUAUUACUUCAAGUUAUUAUAGAGGAGCCCAUGGAAUCAUCAUUGUUUAUGAUGUUACUGAUCAAGAAAGUUUUAAUAAUGUUAAACAAUGGUUACAAGAAAUUGAUAGAUAUGCUACCGGAGGUGUAAUGAAAUUAUUAGUUGGUAAUAAAGCUGAUUUAUCUGAUAAGAAAGUUGUUGAAUAUACUGCUGCUAAAGAAUUUGCUGAUGCUUUAGAUAUUCCAUUUUUAGAAACUUCUGCUUUGUCUUCAACCAAUGUUGAACAAGCUUUCUAUACUAUGGCCAGACAAAUUAAAGCUCAAAUGACUAAUAAUACUAAUAAUACUAAUAAUAAAUCCAAUGUUAAUUUGAGAGGUCAAUCUUUGACUUCUAAUAACCAAUCUGGUUGUUGUUAA